AUGUUCAAGACACCCCUGUUGUACCUGCCCGGACCAACGGCUGUUCCAGAUAGUAUCCUCAGAGCAAGGAUGGGGCCAUUGAUGGAUGACCAGGCCCUAUAUAAGGAGAUUUCUGGGGCAGUCCAGCGUAUAUUAAAGACCAAGUCUAGCGUUCACAUCUUGGCGGGGGAGGGGAUGCUUGCUCUGGACUCUGUUUCCUGUUCUCUGAUUGAGCAGGGAGACAGCGUCUUAAUUAUUUCCAAUGGUGUUUUUGGAGAUUGGUUUUUGGAUCUAGUUGGCAAAUACACUAGCUCAUACACUAUUUUCCAAUGCGGUCCCACAUCCGGUGUUUCUGCUUCAGCAUUGGGAGAGUUUCUUAUAGCUCAAGAGCAGAAGGGCGUCUCUUUUAAGCUGGCUACUUUGGUGCACUGCGACACGCCCUCUGGCGUUCUCAAUGAUAUAGCAUCUCUGGUUCCAGUGCUCUCCCGCCACUCGAUCCUCUCCGUGGUUGACGUAGUGGCCUCUUCCUUCGGAAUCUCUAUAGAUCUUGACCUUUGCGGAGUCGACGUGGCCUUGAUGGGCUCUCAAAAGGCCCUCUCAUGUCCCAGUGGACUGAGCAUGUUGGCGAUUUCAGAAAGAGCCUGGCGUGCCAUGGAGACACGAAGGACUCCCAUACCAAGCUACUACUGCAAUUUACUUCUGUUCAAGAACGCACCUGCUACCUUUCCAUACACUGUCUCAUCUUACGAUCUCCUGGGUCUCCGAGAGGCAUUGCGCUUGCUAGAAGAGGAGGGUCUAGACAAUGUUUAUCGUAGGCACAUGCGUAUUGCCGAGGCUGUGCGGUAUGCUGUGCAGAAGUCAGGGCUCACUCUUUACUUAGUGAGUGACUACUCGCCAACGAUCACUGCCUUUCACGUUCCUCAGGGAACAACAUCCGAUGCAAUCUUGCAAACGAUGUUGAAUGACUAUGGUAUCAGAUUUUCGAGCAGUCUUGGCUCACUGGACAAAAAGGUGAUGAGAAUAGGCCACAUGGGCUUCAAUUCUAAUGUUCCAGUAGUGCUCUAUGUUCUCAAGUGUCUAACCCGAACAUUGCGGUCCCACGGUGUCUGUUUAAGGGAUGACAUGGGAGAGAGUUUCUUUGAGAGAUACCAUAGUAUGGUAGAAGUAGAAUAG